GUCACCGUGGUCAUGGGAGUGAAGACCUUCAGUGACGUCCGCUUGGAGAGGAAACGGGUGCAGAAGAUCGUCGUCCACAAAGAUUACAGCCCGCCCCACCUGGACAGCGACCUCUGCCUGCUGCUGCUGGCCACCCCCGUGCACUUCACCCACUUCAAGAUGCCCGUCUGCCUGCCGGGGAAAGAGAGCAGCUGGGACCGGUGCUGGAUGGCCGAGUGGGUGCCGGCUCGUGGGUAUGGCCCAAACAACAACUUCAACAUGCACCUGAAGAAGCUGCGGGUGGUUCAGCUCCGCAGGCGGGAAUGCGCCAAGAGGGUGGGCCAGCUCUCGGGGCGUACGCUCUGCGCGUGGCAGGAGCUCCACACGAAAGGCGUCUGCCAGGGAGACAGCGGGGCCCCCAUGGUCUGUGCUAAGUGGGGGACGCAGAGGCUCUACCAAGUGGGGGUCUUCAGUUGGGGCCUGGACUCUGGCUCCAGAGGGAGGCCUGGUCUGUUUGUAUCUGUGGCCCAGUUCAUCCCGUGGAUCCAGGAAGAGACGCAGAAGGAGGGGAGAGCUUUUGCCCUGUCGGGGGCCCCGAGAAGCCGCCGGGGCCCCGUUCCGCAGCGCACCCGCUUGCUGGGCGUGGGGUCGCAGAUGCUGCUCGUGUCCAUGUGGACCAGCGAGAAAUUAUAUGGCUAA